GAUCAAACAAACACAAUGGCUAUCAAUUCUACCGUCUUUUUCAUUUUUUCAGUUUUCGCUAUCUGCUGCCUAAAAUUCUUGCAUGCAGCUGACCCUCCAUUAUCUUUGGAUUACUACAAAUCUACUUGCCCGAAUGCAGAAGCCAUUGUUAGGAAAGAAAUGGAGUGUGCUGUGACCUCUGAUCUUCGAAAUGCAGCCUUGAUCUUACGCUUACACUUCCAUGACUGUUUUGUACAGGGCUGUGAUGGAUCAGUAUUGCUGGAUGAUACAUUCACGUUACAAGGAGAAAAGAAAGCUCCUACUAAUUUGAAUGCUUUAAAAGGUUUUGAAAUCAUUGAUAGGAUAAAGAACAAGCUCGAAUCUGAGUGUCCAGGCACAGUUUCAUGUGCUGAUGCCCUUACUAUUGCUGCAAGAGAUGCAGUGUUAUUGGUUGGUGGACCUUAUUGGGAUGUUCCAGUUGGGAGAAAAGACUCAAAGACAGCAAGUUCUGCAGAGGUUGAAUCGAAUAUUCCAGGUGCAAACGAUGGGCUCCUGUCGAUCAUUGGGAAGUUUAUGUACCAAAGCCUCUCUGUCACUGAUAUGGUUGCACUCUCGGGUGCUCAUACAAUCGGAAUGGCUCGUUGCACAAACUACAGAGCAAGAAUCUACGGUGACUAUCAAACAACUGCAACAAUGAGCACAAUCGCAGAGUCAAACCUCAAGACAUUAAAGUCAACGUGCCCUGCUGCAGGAGGAGGAGAGAAUAAUGAAUCAGCAAUGGAUUAUAUUUCACCUAAUCUUUUCGACAACACGUAUUACCACAUACUUCUUAGAGGAGAAGGCCUUCUUACAUCUGAUCAAGAGCUAUAUUCCAGCAUUCUUGGAGUCGAAACAAGUAAGCUUGUGAGGAAAUACGCAGAAAACCAAAUAGCGUUCUUUGAACAGUUUUCAGAGUCUAUGGUGAAACUGGGAAACAUUACAAAUCCCGAGACUUAUGUUGAUGGAGAAGUUAGAAAGAAUUGCAGAUUUGUGAACACAUAAGAUAUUUGCUGAUGUGUGUUUUUUAUAUAUGCUUCAAAUUUUUAAAAAUUGGUUUUGUUUGAAUGAUGUAUAAGAA